GGUGCGGCACAUCGUUUGACGCCUUGGUUGGCGCUCGCUGACGCUGCUGUCAAAUGGCAACUGCCAACGCUCAAGAAGGAAACUCCUCCCUGUUGACAGCACGUUCUGUCGCCGCCUCAGCACAAUGGUCUCUUGGAUAAUCUCUAGACUUGUGGUGCUUAUAUUUGGCACAUUAUAUCCUGCAUACUACUCAUACAAAGCUGUCAAGUCAAAGGAUGUGAAGGAAUAUGUAAAAUGGAUGAUGUACUGGAUAAUAUUUGCCCUAUUCACCACCAUGGAAACCAUCACAGAUAUAUUUAUCUGUUGGGUUCCUUUCUAUUAUGAGCUGAAGAUUGCCUUUGUGGUAUGGUUACUGUCUCCCUACACAAAGGGGUCCAGCGUUCUAUACAGGAAGUUUGUUCACCCAACACUUUCUUCAAAAGAAAAGGACAUUGAUGACUAUCUCUGCCAAGCAAAGGACAAAAGCUAUGACACUCUGGUGACUUUUGGGAGGAAAGGUUUGAAUGUGGCAGCCACAGCUGCAGUACUGGCUGCGACAAAGAGCCAAGGAGUACUGUCAGAUAGACUGCGAAGUUUCAGCAUGCAGGACUUGUCCGCCUACCAGUCCGACCCAACUGAAAUGGACCCUGGAUCUGUCCACACCCAGUCUGCAGCUGGACAACAAAGGGCCAGGACGAUGAUGCGCAGCAAGUCAGAGAUCGGCUACACCAAGGGGCAGGACUUUGACAUGACUGAAUAUGAGGUGUUGAGCUUCGAUCAGAGUGACACCAAGGAACCACUGUCCCAUCCUAUUACGCCCCCCGAACCCAUGACUGAACCCACACCCCCUCUGACCAUCCAGUCCUCUCUACUCUCUCCACCUCCAUCCCCUGCUCCCACAGCAACAGAGCAGACUGAGGACAUGAGGAUAGGGGGGAAAACAUCCACAAGCUCCCCACAGCUCAGGUUGAUUAAGAGGAAGGUACCUGAGCCUCCUCCUAGAGUCUUAAGGCCUCUCACAAGAUUCAGGAGUGCCCAGCUGUCUUCAAACAGAGAGGCCAUGUGAUAUUCUGUGAAUGCUCCCAAGACUGCUUUAGCUGCGAGGGGAAGAGGGUAAAUAAGGAAAUGUGGCCUAAAGCUAAAUGUAUAAAGCAGCCUUGUUUUAGAAUAAGGAAACCAAAGUGACUUGUGAAAGUCUAUACACCCCUUGCACAGUAUUCACAUUUUGCUGCCUUAACAUUUUAUAAAAAAAUUCUGGGGCUCUACAAAACUUACUAAACAUUUUCAAAGUGAAAGAAAGUUAUUAUUAUUGUAAUUGUUUUUCAAAGAUAAUUAGAUAAUUAGAUAAUCUACAGUAACAAAACAUAAAUACAGCAACAAGUUAACAUCCCCUACCCAGUUUAGGAUGGGCCAUAACUUCCCCUACCCAGUUUAGGAUGGGCCAUAACUUCCCCUACCCAGUUUAGGAUGGGCCAUAACUUCCCCUACCCAGUUUAGAAUGGGCCAUAACUUCCCCUACCCAGUUUAGAAUGGGCCAUAACAUCCCCUACCCAGUUUAGAAUGGGCCAUAAGUUCCCCUACCCAGUUUAGAAUGGGCCAUAACAUCCCCUACCCAGUUUAGAAUGGGCCAUAACAUCCCUAACCCAGUUUAGAAUGGGCCAUAACUUCCCUAACCCAGUUUAGAAUGGGCCAUAACAUCCCUAACCCAGUGAGCAUGCGAUGGCGGGGUAUCUGACUUCCACUUAAAAAUAAUAAGUGGGCGGGCCAGAAGGAACGAGAAGGCUAUGGCCUCUGCUUGGGUGUUACAGAAAAUAAGCUCUUCGGGGGCUACCCCGAAAAUAGCGACAGAGGGAUCUGGGGCAAUUUCCUUAUUGCAUAAUUGCAUAUAUAUGAGAAAGUCUCAAAGAUAGAGGACCAAAAUGGAACUAGUGUCGGGCAUGACCAGUACAUGUGAUACAGAGUGGCGGGUGGCUGAUGACAUCUAGAUCAGGUUGGGUCUAUAUCUGGAUGCAAUCUGAUAAUCUGCAAAAGUGUAGGCGAUUAAACACUUGAAACUGUAGUAACCCAGGAUUGCAGAAUGCAGGUGAUAUCGGAGAUCUCGCUUCCAAACUCUUCCUCCCAUGAAUGCUUUACAUGGUCAAGAGUGGGGCAUGCAAUAUUAUGAAUAAUGUCAUACAGCAUAGAAAUGUGUCCCUUUACUUAGGGAUCCAGGUUCAAACAUAAUCAAGCCAGCUGGUGGGUGGGUGGGUGGGAGGGAUGGGAGAAGCUUUUUUGUAAAGUUGCGAAUCUGCAGGUACCUGAAGAAAUGUGUCUGGGGUAUACUGUGCUCUCUAACUAGAUGUUCAAAGGGGAUAAAUACACAGUCAUGGAAAAGGUCUGUUACAGUCUUCAAUCCUUUCUGAAACCAUAGCUGGAAGGCUGUGUCUAUGAAGUAGGUCGUGAAGAGUGGGUUGGAAAUAAAAGGCAUGGAUGAGAUAGCUUGUCUAUAUCCAAAGUGGAUCCUAAACUGAGACCAUAUACUUAGAAAAAAGUGUUCCAAAAUGGUUAUUCGGCUGUCCCCAUAGGAUAACCCUUUUUGGUUCCAGGUAGAACCAUUUUUGGUUCCAUGUAGAACUAUUUUGGGUUCCAUGUAGAACCCUCUGUGUAAAGGGUUAACUGAAGAACCCUUUUAAGUUUUAGAUAGCACCUUUUUUUCUAAGAGUGUAUCCAGAUGUAACUUUUCAUAAUAGUGUUGUUUGAGUGGUAUUAUUUGCUCAAUGGUAGGGUGGCACAGACUAAGGAGACCGGGGAUGAUGUUUGACAUGAGUGCUUUUCCAUAAAGGACCACACCAUUCCUUCCCCAUCUAAAAAUACAGAGACCCAAAAGGUUAUCUUGUGACUAUUGGGAGCCCAGUAGUAAUGGAGGAAAUUGGGUAGGGCAAGACCCCCCUCUCCUUUCUGUCUUUCCAUAAAUUAAAGUAGAUAUGUCUAUCCAGUUCUUUAAAAAACGAUUUUGCUAUAAAGAUACAGGAAUCGUGGCAUGAUGACUGAGUUGAGUGAUAUGGGGAGUGUCGACAAGCGAUAGAGGUCCUGCUUAGCCUUCUCCAAGGCUGGCUUAAAAACUAAAUUUAACAGGUCUUUGAAUAUAGAAAUGUUUCCUAAUAAAAACCUGAGUUAAUACUUGGUGGAAGCACCACAGGCAGCUAUUACAGCUGAAUGAUUUUUUAAAUAUUUUUUUACCAACUCUGCACAACUCUUAGGGCAACAUGUCCAUUGUUUAUCAGAAUUGCUCAGUGAAUUUGGUUAGGAAUCAUUGAUGGACAGAAACAUUCAAACAUCUCUGAUUUUCAAGAAAAUGUAUGUCAGGACUGAGACUAGACCACUCAGGAACAGUCUCUUGGAACAUCAUUCUGGUGUGUCUUUGCCAUAAACAUUUGUGGUAUUGUGGUGGAAGCAUUAUGUUAUGGGUAUGCUCGUCAUCGGCAGGGACUGGAGUUUGUCAGGAUCAAAAGAAAUAUGAAAGGAGCAAAGCCCAGGUAAAAAGUUAGAGGAAAACCUGCCUCAGUCUUCUGAAAACCUAACUCUUGACUAGAGUUGUAUUUUUCCAUGGGACAAUUACACACAUUUUAAUAACAAAGACACACAAGAAUGGCUUUCCAAGAGGUGUUGAGUAUCAUGAAUAGUCCAAUCUCCAUCCUGACUUAAAUCGGCUUAAAUAUUCAGAGACAAUAUUGCUAUCCAUCAAUGAUUCCCAAACUCAUUUACUGAGCUUGAGCAAUUUUUACAAAAACAAUGGAUAUAUGUUGCCCUAAGAGUUGUGCAUAGUUUGUCAAAUCUUGUAAAAAAAAAAUUGAGCUGUAAUUGCUGCCAAAGUUGCUUACACAAAGUACAUCCUCAUUCUGUACUUCUUAGUCAUUUAGAGACGUUUCUAUAAUUGGUCCUUCACUUGGAAAAUGUGGAAUAUGUUGUGUAGAUAGGAAAACAAUCACAUUUAAUCCCUUUUAGAUUACAUUUUAAGGCAGCAAAAUGUGAUAAAUGUGCAAGGGGUCUGUAGACUUUCACUAGCGACUGUAGGACCUCUGGCAUAUACUGUAGUGUAAAGGAGACAGAGGGUGUGUGCCAUCGAGGUAGCACACACACACGAGUGGAUUCCAUAGUGUACAGACAUUUUGGAUUGAUUUGUCGGUCAUUGAAUACUUUUCGUAUGUAUGUACUGUGUGUGUGUGAUAGUUUUAAAAAAAUAUUACGUUUAGAGACAAAUGCAUGUAUGUGUCUCUGGUCAUUUGUCAGGUGAUGUGUCAUAAAACAGAAUGUAUAGUCUGAAUUAUUUUGUGGCUACUUGGUCACUGUAUGAGAUGGAAUCAGUCACCAGGAGAGUAGCAGGGUGAAAUACUCUGUAAUGAAAGAUUUUGGUUUGUAGGGAGAUCUUUUGAGCUGGCAAAUACAAUCUGUACUGACAAUUUAACAGGACAUAGAAUAUUUAAAAUAAUUGUCCAGUCAGGUUAGUAUAUCUCCUCAAAUGUGGUAUUUAUUUAUGAGAGAGAAUAGCAAUUGUAGGAUUGCUGAUUAUUAUUAUUAAUCUACUGGCAAUGGAACUAAGUGUCAAAGUAUGAGUAAAUUGCUCUAAGUUUCACUCGUUACAUUAGCUUAUAAAGCCUUAAACCAUAAAAACAAAACAUUAGGUCUGGUACUACAGAAACAGUCAUAUCGGUACUCUGACAAAUCAUGAGCAAUUCCAUGUGGCCAUAACAAUUACUAAUGUCAUUGACUAUGGGCCCUAUGCACUAUGUUUAGAGUUAGUGCAACAACUGUUUUAGUACCAUGAAACACCGAUCACCAUGUUAUAGAUCAUUACCAAAAUUAUUAUUACAUGGGAUUAGUUACUAUUCAAAUAAAUAAAUUGCUCUAAGGAGCAGAAAUAUUGACAUUCGACUUUUCAAGCUCGUUAUAAAUUAUCUGGCAUUGAGGUGUCAUUCAAUUGUUUUGUAAAUGUUUGUAUUACUCAUGUCUUAUGGCAUCGCCAUAAAUGUUUGUAUUUUCAGGUUUAGCACACAAAACAUACUUUGACGUGUAUAGCUAUUGUAUAACAAAAGAUAGCCAGUGGCAAGGGCUAUAUAGGUGGCCCUUCUCAGAGUCUAAAAACACUGUGCAAUACUCUGCUUUCACUGAGCAAUUGUCAACUCAUGGUUCUUACUUAAAAGCCUACUUUUCUCAAUGUAGCCACAAUUGUUGACCUGUCUUUUCCCAGCCAAUGUGCCUGUUGCCUAUUUCUGUGAGGGCAUAGCAAUUCCUAUAGGCAGGUUCCUAACCUUCUGUAAAUUACAUGAAUAUUGGUGAAGUGUUUUUGCCAAAGGUAGUGAGUGACAUACCGUCUAUGUCUAAAAUGAACAUUUCUGCACUGUAGGUAUGUGAAUUAACUUGGCUAUUACAUAAUGCUUCACUAAAUAUUAUGCUUGGUGUUUGGGCAGCAUACAUUUUUGUUCACUGUUUUCAAUACAGUAGCUUAAAUUAGAAAUGGAAGCUUCUCCUCAGGUACGUGUUCAGUUUACACAUCAAAUUCAAACACUUUCUGGUAGAAACAUUUUGGUAUAAACUUGUUUGCACAUGGAAUAUCAGUAAGAGGUUCCUUCUAAUUGGGCCAUUUGUUUUUAGGAUAUAAGUUAUUUAUGGACAGAGAUGUGACCUGUGGUAGAAUUUUAAAUCCUUUUUGCGAUGUUCAUGUAGUUUCAGUUGGAAUGUAUCUCCUUUUCAAAUACUAACAUAAAAAUAAUUUAAAAAGUGAAUCAUUUCAGCUGGAAAAGGAAAGUCAUCAUUGCAUGAUGUUUGUUAUUUAGUAAAUAUGAGAAUGAUUUACUACUUUGCAUUGUUUGGAUUAGUGUAUAGUUAUUUGCUUCAUCGAAUGCCUUGCUGAUAACAUUGAUUCUGAAGUGUCUGAAUGUUCUUUUCCUUAUUAUUUUGAAACGCUAUGUGGCAAGGUCAGGAAGGUUCUUCCCGUGGACAAAUACGUCUCUACAACUUGGAGUCAAAUAAAGUGUUUGAGGAGCAUGUCUUAUCUCUAUGGAUUAAAAAGCCCACAUUCCUCUCUUCUCUCUGUUGGCCUUGGCGCAAAAAGUCACUUCUGGCAGGCCAUAAUCACUCACAAUGCUCAAACCUUAUUGUGAAUAUCAGAUAAGAAAGAUGUAAAAGUCAGGAAUGAUGGUCUAAAAUGACUGUAUAUGAAAAUUGCUUUCUCUGUAUCACAGUAGGUUGGUGGCACCUUAAUUGGGGAAGACAGGCUCGUGGUAAAGGCUGGAGCGGAAUGGGUCAAACACAAACACCUAUUCCAUUCCAUCUGUUCCAGCCAUUAUUAUGAGCCGGCGUCCCCUCAGCAGCCUCCACUGCUCUGUAUCAUCAGUAUUUCUGUUGGUGAACUGAUAACAGCCAAUAAAUGAGACAAUGUGCUGCUGUG